CCCUCCCCACAGGGUGCCUUCUGGGGACUGCUGGGGGGGCUGGCGCUGGGGCUGCCACGGCUGGUGGCAGAGCUGGCACUGGGGGGCGCAGGGGGCUGUGGGGGGGCCCCAGGGCGCUGCCCCCCCGCGCUCUGUGGCCUGCACUACCUCUACUUCGCCAUCGUCCUCUUCCUCGCCACUGCCGCUCUCGCCCUGGGCCUCUCGCUGUGCGGCCCCGCGACGCCCCGCCACCAGCUGCAGGGCCUGGUGUUCGGGCUCCGGGACCGGCGCCACAACCCCGAGGCCGAGGAGGGGCCGGAGCCCCCUGCCCCCGCCCUACACGGCCCUGUGCCUGCUCCCUCCGGCUCCCCCGGCUGCUGGGCCCGCCUGUGCGGAGAGGGGGGCACCGGGGACCCCCCCACCUUGGCUUCGCCUCCCUUGGACAAGCCCCACCCCUUGGAGGACACCCCCAGGCAGCGCCGCCUAGUGGACACCCAUGCACUGGUGAUGAUGGGGGUCGCCUGCUUCCUCUGGGGGUACUUCGCCUGACCGCCCUCAGGCCCCAGAUGUCUGGGUCCCCCCGCCAACCCCCAGAUGCCUGGGAUCGCCCCACACCCUCCUGAGAUUAAAUAAACCAACUGGGAGCCACU